AUGGAUGUCAAGCGUAAGACGGUGGGUGGGGGGCCGCUGACAUCCUCCCAGGGCGCCAUGGGGGGCAAGCGUGCCCGCUCAGAUUGGGACGAUGACUGCCCCACGAACUUCGAGGAGGAGCUCGCCUUCAUGGACGACCUGGAGGCGGAGAUGGCGCUGGAGGAACGCGAGGAAGAGACGGCGUCGGCCGCGGCCGCUGUGCCCGUCGGAAAGCUGCUGUCAUCGUCUGUUUUUAACAGCAAGUGGCUGCGUCCAUCGUUACCCAAAAUUGAUCAGAAAAAAGAGUCGCUUGUGUUCCAGCAAAUCGAGCUCGAUCACUACAUCGGCUUCCAUGUGUCGGGGAUGCCAGGAGCCACCCAGGGCUCAGUGCCAGUGGUUCGCAUGUUUGGCAUCACCAACAAGGGCAACAGCUUGUGCUGCCACGUUCACGGCUUUGCGCCCUACUUCUAUGUGGCUGCCCAGACCGGGUUUAAGUCGGAGCACUUGGUCAGCUUUAAGAGAGAGCUUAACAACGCGGUGAUUAAGGACAUGCGGUCUAACAAGGACAACUUGAGCCAUGCGGUGCUGGCUGUUGACAUUUGCGUCAAGGAGAGUAUAUAUGGCUUCCACGGGAAUCAGAAGAGCAACUUCCUGAAGGUGACAGUGGCUCUGCCUCGUCUGGUUGCGGCCGCCAAGCGGCUGCUCACGCAGGGCUUUCGCUUCGACUCGUUCCCCGAGCACUGCUACCUGUCCUUUGAGGCCAACAUUGACUUCGAGAUUAGGUUUAUGGUGGACCAUAAAGUAGUGGGGUGUAACUGGAUCGAGAUUCCAGCUGGGAAGUACCGACUGCGCGAGGAGUCGGCCUCUGGGGAUCUGCCUGGCAAGAUGUCCCUUGUUCAGCUGGAGGUGGACGUAGCGGUGACGGAUUUUGUGAGCCACCCGACCGACGGGGAGUGGCAGGCGAUCGCGCCGCUGCGUGUGCUCAGCUUCGACAUCGAGUGCGCGGGGAGGAAAGGCAUCUUCCCGGAGCCGGAGAAGGACCCGGUGAUUCAGAUCUCCAACAUGGUCUUACGUCAGGGGGAGCGCGAUCCCUUUGUGCGGAACGUGUUCACGCUCAACACGUGUGCCCCCAUCGUGGGGUGCGAUGUGCACAGUUUCACUCACGAGGGCGAACUGCUGAAGGCAUGGGCCGAGUUUGUCCGCAUCGUUGACCCGGACAUCAUAACCGGCUACAACAUCCAGAACUUUGAUUUACCGUACCUGCUCAACAGGGCCAGCACGCUGCGGGUGUCAACGUUCUCUUUCCUGGGCCGAAUUACUUCGAUGCGCUCCAUCAUCAAGGAGUCGUCUUUCCAGUCGAAGCAGAUGGGGCGAAACAACAAGGUCAUCAACUUGGAGGGCCGUGUAACCUUUGACCUCCUACAGGUGCUGCUGCGAGACUACAAGCUGCGCUCGUACACUCUCAACGCGGUCAGCUUCCACUUCCUGCAGGAGCAGAAGGAGGACGUGCAGCACUCCAUCAUCACCGAUUUGCAGAAUGGCAACGAGCAGACGCGCCGCCGGCUGGCCGUGUACUGCCUGAAGGAUGCGUUUCUGCCGCUGCGGCUUCUGGAGAAACUCAUGUGCGUCAUCAACUACAUGGAGAUGGCGCGCGUGACGGGCGUACCGCUCAGCUACCUGCUGACCCGAGGGCAGCAGAUCAAGGUCGUGUCGCAGCUGCUCAGACAGGCAAUGAAGCAGGACCUGUUGUUACCCGUCGUGAAACCGGAGGGGAACGAAGAUUAUGCAGGAGCCACGGUCAUUGAACCGAUCAAA